AGCUUCAUCUUUUUUAACCUCGCCUUUACCGUUCCAAUCUCAAAAGUGCAGAGAAGAAGAGCAAAAACGCAAACCGAACUCGCUCUGUCACUCGCUCGCCACUUCCCAGUUGUGGCUGCUCUGCUUGUGUCUCUAAUCAUCUCUCUCUCUCUCUCUCCCUCAGAUGAGCACAGCAACGCCACCCACUUGAAGGAUUUAAGAUAAGCCCACGGUUCAGAUUGACCCAUCUUUCACUCGCUUGCUCGCCGCGCUAUGAGAAGCUCCUCCUUCUUCCUGCUCCUCGCCACUCUUCUGGCCGCAUACCAUGUCGAGUACCGAGCGCAUGCUGCUGCUCCUUCUGGGCCCUUGAUAAGGCAGUUGUCUUCCCUUCUGAGGUGGACGAGGGCUUCGUCAAAAACGCCUCAAUCAGAUGGGAAUGUUCUUCAGUUUGAGAAUGGGUACUUGGUUGAGACUGUUGUCGAAGGAAAUGCGAUUGGCGUGGUUCCUUACAGAAUCCGUGUCUCUGACGAUGGCGAACUCUAUGCUGUGGAUGAAAUCAAUAGCAACAUUGUCAAGAUUACUCCUCCGCUCUCCCAGUAUAGCAGAGCAAGAUUAGUUGCUGGAUCCUUUCAAGGUUAUACUGGGCAUGUUGACGGAAAGCCUAGUGAUGCCCGUUUCAAUCAUCCCAAAGGCGUCACAAUGGAUGAUAAAGGGAAUGUGUAUGUAGCUGAUACCUUAAAUCUUGCCAUUCGAAGAAUUGGAGAUUCAGGUGUGACAACCAUUGCAGGGGGCAAAUCAAAUGUUGCAGGGUACAGGGAUGGGCCCAGUGAGGAUGCCAAGUUCUCAAAUGAUUUUGAUGUUGUAUACAUCAGGCCUACCUGUUCUCUCUUAGUUGUUGAUAGAGGAAAUGCGGCUCUUCGACAGAUCUCUCUCAAUCAAGAAGAUUGUGACUAUCAGUAUGAUUCACUAUCUUCAUCAGGUCUUUUGGCAGAUGUCCUUAUGGUUGUUGGAGCUGUCUUGAUUGGAUAUGUUGCCUGCAUACUGCACCAAGGAUGUGGACCUUCUGUCUUUUCGAACAAGAUGCAGCCACAAGCUUCUGAGUUUGUGCUAAAAAAGGAACUAAUGGAAGAAAAGCCAAUUCCUGUUGUGAAUACCCCCAAAGAAGACCCAGGGUGGCCAUCAUUUGGGCAGCUCUUGAUUGAUCUAUCCAAGCUUGGACUUGAAGCGCUGGUAGGAAUAUUCCUUUACUUUGUGCCCUCACGUCUCAGACCCCGGGCCAAGAAGAAGGGUCUCGUGCCAUUGAAGGAUUCUCUCCAGAUGCCUGAGGAUGAAGCUGAUCCCCAGUUAGUUCAGAGGCAGAGGACUCCUGCUCCACUUUCUGAAACCAGGCAGGUUCAUACUCCUAUUGAGAAGCGCUCCGAGACUAAGCCUGUGAAACUCAAAUCGAGCAGUGUCAAGGAUCCUUCUUUAUCGAGCAAACACCGAAGUUCAAAACGACAGGAAUAUGCCGAAUUCUAUGGUUCAGGCGAGGUUCCUCCGUAUAGCAAAAUUAAGAGCCACAAAGAAAGGACUAGGCAUCGCCAACGAGACAAAAGCGGAGAAGCGGUUUAUGGAGCGACCGGGGUGGAGCAGAAACCAGCUGAGAUGAAGCCUGUUGAUUAUGAGAAAGCGAAAUACGAGCGCUACAAUAUCAGGGGCAAGUAUGGUUCCGAUGACUCUUUUCGGUUUUAACUUCUUGUUCUUCUUCUAUCCUUUAUCUCCCCCCAAAUUCAUGCUAUGUGUUUCAUUUUUGCCAUCUGUAAUUGAAUCCAACUUUAAUUGAGGAGAGUUGUGGCUA